AGGGUGCAUCCUACAGCUCGAACGUAUAACGAGUCAACGAGGCACAAUAAUCAUUUUGACAACAUGGACUAUGACGUGAUGAGUGUAUCUACAAGAGAAUUAUGCAGAGGUAUCAUUUACGAAGAUAGGACUAACAAUUAUAACAAUUGUAGCCAAAAUAAUAAAGGUUUCAUGGUUAGUCGUUUACUUAAUUUAGAAGAUAUAUCGGCCAAUAAUAACUGCGAAUAUAAAAUAUCAAAUUCUGAAGGACACAGUCCACAGGGACAGAGUUCUGAUGGACAACGCAGCGAAGACGAAUCUAUAGAGGAUGAAAAUCAAAGAAGGAAGAAACCUAGACGAAACCGCACCACAUUUACCGCCAAUCAACUGAGUGCAUUGGAGAGAGUUUUCGAAAAGACACAUUACCCGGACGCAUAUGUGCGAGAGGAAUUAGCUCGUAAAGUGAAUCUCACAGAGGGCAGAGUUCAGGUAUGGUUUCAAAAUCGAAGAGCAAAAUUCAGACGUAAUGAACGAAGCAUUCUCGCUCAAAGAAAUCAAACGUAUAGAAAUCCUCAGGAGGCUCAGCUAAUAGAACAGCCCAUAGCUCCGAGACCCACAGCACCCAAUAAUAAUCAUUGUUUGAGCCCGUGGAAAGCAGUUCCUUCGUCAUACGGUGCUAUGUUAGGAUCACCCAGUGGUGCACAGGUGGGAAGUUACUCUUCGUGUUCUUCUAUACCAUCCAGCUGUAACGUCACAGUACCACCUGUUCAAGGACAGUAUCAAGUGCGUUAUCACCACCAGGAUUAUGGUUCGGCACAGAAUCUUUACAUGGGAACACAGUGAUUUUAUAAAUAACUGAGAUAAAACUUUUAGAAGAGGCCUAAAGGCCGAUGCACACCUGAAACAAAAUUAAGACCACAAUGACGUCGACAACUUUCAUCAAUCGUCUGCUUUGACGUCGAUAAUCGGCAAAGAUGAUUGGUUAAUUCUGUCAACGCUUAUUGUCGCCUUAAUUUUGUCGCUCGUGUGUAUCAUCCUUGAAGCUGCAAAUGAAGAAGAGUUUACUACGACGACUGUGAUCUAUCAAAAAGUUUUUUUUUUUAAUUUUUAAUGUCUCUGAUCGAUUCCAUUUAUUAGUACGAAUACUAAACGGUGGUAAUCGACAACAAAUCAAAAUGUGUCAUGUAACUUAUCUUACUUGACGUGCUGUGAAUUAGGAAUAAAGACUGUUAAUUUCUUUCUAUUUUUGAUUUUACUUUUUUUAAUAUUGAAAAAUAAACCUCUUUAACCGA